GUGAUAUCACAUUAUGAAGAUUUGCAGUUUUAUUUCCUAUUCCAACCGCCACUUGCUCAUAUUACGAUUACUGUGAUGGGCAAUAUCGUAUUGUGUACUGUUGCCUUAUUAUUUAUCCAUGGAAGUUACUCGUAUAUUCUGCUAACUGCGAACAUGGAAGACGUCCAAAGCGUACUCAAGCAGUUGACCAACUCGAAUGUGAUUAAACACUUCCAGCAGAUUUGGAACCGAGCGGCCAAUAAAUUCAAACAGGAACUCAACAAGCCCAUUCGACGACAGACUUUAAAUGAGACCAAGACAUUGGAAAAGCCUCUAAAAGAUGAAGUCGAGGUGACGGUUCUGCGCAAACACCGCGGUGGCCACGUAACGGGCGGCAGGAAGACAUCGCAUGGUACUUCCACACGAAUCAAGCACGGACUGCUGCAUUAAUAAUAUAUCCGCACCAGUCUUAUAUUUACUGUUUUC